GGAGCAUACCAAUGUGUAUCCAGGACGGGGGGAUUUCUUAAGAAAUGUUAUAAAAUAAAACAUUAGAAGCACACAGGUGCUCUUUAAAGAAUGUAUAGUUAAUUGCUUUGUUCUUUGUGCGUGUAUAAUAUAGCUCUACUAUAUGAAAUAGGUAUUUAUUGUGUCUGAGAACAUGGACGCAGAUGCCUCUUUACCUAUAAUGGAAAGUUUGUUCGAGGUCGCAAUGUAAUGUGCUAUAAGGACAAGUGUUUUUAUUACGUACAGUACAAGGUGUCCCAUCCUAUUGUUUGGAGGUUUGUUACAAAAGCAUUAACCAACUGCAGUCCACAUGAACAACUUGAAUAACCCUGACGACUGGAAUAUAAGACCCGAGCAACAGGGUGAUGGCGGAAGCAGCAAGUGGAAUUAUGCCCUUCUGGUGCCCAUGCUGGGACUCGCUGCCUUUAGGUGGAUCUGGUCAAAAGAGUCUCAAAAGGAAAUUGAAGAGGCCAAGGUCAUGUACGAAAAGAACAUGGACACCAUCCAGAAGGAUCUGGAGCUGAAAUACCGACAGACUCUCUCUGAAAACCGCAGAGAAACGGCUCAAAUGGAGCUCGAUCUAGAGAAAGAACUUCAACGGGCGCAUGGUUACCGUCAAGCUCUGGCCUCCCAAAGUCAACAUCUCGAGGAAGAACGGCGAAGCAUCAGGUUGGAACGUGAAAGGCUAGAAAACGAGAAAUCUCUCUCUGGAGGUCCGGGUGGGGCGCUUUUUCACGAGGCAUUGGAGAAAGAGAAAGAUCGAGAGAGGAGGGCGUCGGUGGCUUUGAAGGAAGUGGAGUACAGGCUGGUGGAGAGGCAGAGGGCCUUUUGCAGUAUCUUGGUGCCCCGUGCGAGGAGGGUUGAGUUAGAGAAAGAACUGCUCGUUCGUACGGCCAAAGAGCCUCUUCUUGCUCAUCUGGAGGUGGAGGAUGGUCUCAGGGACAUUUUUAAGAAUGAUCGCAGUUGUGCCGAGCCUCUCAACACAGAUGAGCGCAGGAACGGGAGUCUCAUGUGGCUGUACCUCAGAUACUGGCAGAUGCAGGCCACCCUACAAAAACACCAGAGAGCAGAAGCUGCUGUACUUGGCUUGCAAACUAAAAAAUAGCAGACGUCAACAGAGAUUAAUAUAAAUGAAACAAAUUGCACUUGAUCUAUACUAAUGUCUUAUUGAGUGCAUACUUAUUUGGUGUUGUUGUAUUCAGUUUUUAAUAUACAGUUUUGACAAGGAAAGUUUUUGGUGAUUUUUUUCACAUUUUAGGUGUCAAAUCAGAAUCAGUCAAAGAAGACUUACAAUUUCAAAAUUUCAAUGGAGUUGGGUUUC